UGCCUGCUCUCUCAGUCUUUUUCGAGCCUCUGCAGGGUGCUGUGUACAGUAGCAGGACCAUGAAUUCUCUCAUACUGCUUUCCCUAUGCCUGCUCAGCUGGAGAGGUUCUUGGGGGCAGCUGGACGUUGCACAGCAGAUGAAGGCACAAGUGGGUGAAACCAUUAAUUUAAACUGCAAUUCAUACAAGGAUGGAGAAUCUAACAACAAAACUCUGGAGUGGCUCAGUAUGCAAAAAAAAGCAGAGAAGGUUAUUUAUCACAGGGGUCCAGAUGGGGUCUCUGUGAAGGAUCCUGAGCUGGGGCAGCGAAUGAGCGUGGACGAACAUUUCAGACUAGAGAUAACAAAUAUCCGUGUCCAAGAUGAAAUGAAGUUUAUUUGCAAAGCGGAAGAGCCCAGCACCAAAGAAAUAUGGGAAAACACUGUACAGUUACUCGUUUUUAAAAAACCAGAACCCCCAGAGAUUGUAAUUACAGAAGACGCCUUCCGCUCAACAGAUUACAUCUCUGAGUUAGGAAGCUGUGCAAGUGUGAAUGGGUACCCAGUUCCAAACAUCACGUGGUAUAAGAAUGACAUGCCUCUGAGAGAUGCCCAGGACAAAGUGGAAAUAAGUUCCUCAGUGACCCAGGAGUCCAGUGGUUUAUUUACAGUUAAGAGCACACUGUCUGUCCCUCUUCGAGAAGACGACGAUAAAGCAUACAUUUAUUGUGAAGUCUCCUACCUGUCUUCUUCUGGUCACCAUAUGAUGGAAUCUGAGAGAAAGAACAUCACUGUUUUGUAUCCAAGCCGAAAUGUAAGACUGUUCCAGUCAUUUCCCACUGGGCCAGUAAAAGAGGGCGAUAAUGUGGAAUUAAAAUGUGAGGGAGAUGGAACAAACUCUCUAGAUAUAACCUACAGCAGGAAAGAUGAGGAUGACAGUUUAGGAGAGGGACCAUCCGUGAUCUUGGAGAAAGUUACGCGCAGCUCCUCGGGGAUCUAUGAAUGUACUGGAAUGGACUUUGAAAAUUCUGAUCAUUUAAUGAAAGCUGAGAUUGAGCUUCGAGUCCAUUUUCUCGAUGAGCCUGUGUUUUCUCAGAUGUCCCCUAUUAUUGUGCAUCCUGGUGACCAACUUAGCGUGUCUUGUGAAGCCAAUUCAUCUGCAGAGGCAGAGACCAUGUGGAAGCAUAAAGGUCACAUUAUGUCGCGCAACUCAUUUCUUACUCUGAGUCAGAUGAAUCAUGCAACGUCCGGGAAGUACACAUGCAUCGUAACUUUGCCCAGUGUACCAGGGCUGUCUGUCAGCAAAGAGCUGGAAAUCACUGUAAAAGGAAAACCAGAACUGUCUGUGAGCUCAAAGUCCAUCUACGUGCAAGAGAAUACUAUAGUGACCGUGACAUGUAAAGCACUGGGUCACCCAAAAUCCACCAUCACUUGGUCUGCCAAUGGCACAACGUCAGAAAAAACUGAGGGCCCAGAAAAAACUAGUGAGCUGUCCUUCAAAGUGACCUCCGAGCUGCUCGGUAUUGGGGUCAUCAUCUGUAAAGCAACAAACAAAAUGGGCAGCAGUGAAGAAGAAAUACAGCUAUUUCAUUCAAGCACACCUGUUUUUUCGACUACUAGUUCAGAUCUGUUCACUUCCCCUGUUUCAGAGAAUAACACAGGAUCAGGAAACACAAUACCUUCAGUUCCAAAAACAGACGUCCAUCGUGCAGGCAGUCGUGGAGUGCUGAUUGUGGUUGUUAUUAUCUGUAUUCUGCUUCUGGCCAUCCUUGGAGCUGUGCUGUACUUUCUCUAUAAAAAGGGACACAUUCCCUGUGGACGCUCAGGAAAACAAGACAUUACGAAGCCUAGCGAAAAGGAGCAAAUCGUUGUGGAGAUGAAGCCAGAUUCCCCUGCUGAAGAAUCAGUCCUGCUGCCUGGCGAGCAAGAGACAAAGUCACCAGGAGAUCAGGGGGAGAAAUACAUGGAUUUAAGAAACUGAAUUAGUCUGUUUGACAUUGGAGCAAAUGGAUCUGUUUCCGAUGUUAUGCCUACAGUCCUACAUUGUCCUAAAAACUGCCAUUCGCCACCUUCACCCGUCCAUUACAGGAGUUGCUCUGUGGCUGAUCUCUGGUUAAACCUCCAUACAAAGACGGUGGCAGUAAACCAACAAAACUACCAUUGUAUUUGCCUGCAGAUAGCCUUAAGGUGACAGUUUUAUUAUAACAUAUUGCCGUCCAGAAGAUGCCUGAUAACUAAGUGACCUUUGUGGCUUGCAGCUCAUCUGCCUAUAACUGUUUACUCUGUGGUCACAAAACUGACCCUGAGGUGGCCUUGGAAUUCCUGCCUUUGUUUAGUUUCAAGGCAAGGGUAUUUUAUUCAAAGUAAUGGGUUGGAAAGAGUUAAACCCCAAAAUAUCUAAGCACAAAUGAAGAUUACUGUCCAAACUGAAGCACUGACAAUCCUCCCUCCCAUUAUUACUCUGAAGAGAGAAAGCUGAAUGUCCAUGCACUGUAUCCUAUCCUCAGAAUGUACAAUGGUAUGGAAAUUACCCCUACAGAAACAGCAGUACCCAUCUUAAAGAAGAGAAGGGGCAUGAAAUUAUAUCCCACGACACUAUGGUACCAAUAUACUAGCAUAGGUGUUCCUUGACCGCAGUGCCAAAUCAGAAAUAUGCUUUUGAUCAGUUUACUUAAAGUCAGAAUGAAAGCAAAGAGCUGAUUGGUUGUUGUGGGUACCUGCACCCAUGCAAUUUAACACAUUAGCAGGGGCGUAACUAUGGAGUAAAGCAGAUCCUGCGGCUGCAGGGGGUCCAGGAGCUAUAGGGGCCCCAUGAGGCCCAAAUUCAUAAACAGUUUCAAUAAAUAUUGGUAAAACAAGCCUCUAAACAUUUUGGGGGCCUGAAAAACAAUUUGUUGUGGGGCCCAGUGUCAUCUAGUUACGCCACUGCACAUUUGUUAAGUGACACCUCUAUAAAGCAGGAAGGGGUUUCUUCUAUGGUAUUUCCUACUUUACAUGCUGAAAACAGCUUUAUUUAAAACAUAUAUAUUUACUAUAUAUGUAUAUAUAUUUGUUGGUUUGUGUGUAAAUUUAAAGAAUCUAAUAAAGCUUUGCUUUUUUUUAAA